AGGCCAGCAGAAGACAGUGUAACCUUUGAGGCUCUGCUGCUUCUGCAAACGCCACCACUCAGCUGCUGAGGGCGAGGGUCCAAAUGUCCAAACGGCCUCGAUUUUCUUUCAGGACGUCCUGCUACUAGUGCGGAUUCUGACUGGAGUGAUCAUGAUGGGGCCACACAGCUGCUCCUGCUACCUCUUCCUUCUCCUGCUACCAGGGUUUGGAACUCCAUUUAACAUUGAUGUGAAAAGACCUCAAAUCUUCCGUGGCCCACAGGAAGCACAGUUUGGGUACAAAGUCCUUCAGUACACAGCCCAGGGGCAGAAAUGGAUGCUGGUGGGGGCACCUUGGGAUGGGACGGCAGAUGACAGAAAAGGUGACGUUUACAAGUGCAUUGUGGGAGAGAGGAACAACUCAACGUGCGCCAAAGUCAACAUAGGUGACAUGGCCCUGCAGAACAACUCCAGGCAAAUCAAAAACAUGCAUUUUGGAAUGUCGCUUGUGGCCAACAAAGAUGACGGGUUUGUGGCCUGUGCCCCCCUGUGGUCCCAGGAAUGCGGCACGUCCAUGUUCAGCACCGGGAUUUGCACCAGCGUGGACGAGAACUUCCGCCUGACGGAAAACAUCGCCCCAACAGCUCAGAGAUGCUCAACUUACAUGGACAUAAUAAUUGUUCUGGAUGGGUCCAACAGCAUUUAUCCUUGGUACGAGGUGCAGAACUUUCUUAGCAACAUCCUUAGCAAAUUUUUCAUUGAUCCAGAGCAGAUCCAAGUUGGGGUAUUGCAGUACAGCGAGGUUGCUGUCCACGAAUGGACGCUGAAGGAUUACCAAACAGCAGAGGAGGUCAUUGAAGCCGCCAAAAACAUCAGCCGCCAGGAGGGGCUCGAAACUAGGACAGCGUCUGCCAUCCACAAAGCCUGCACAGAGGCCUUUAGCCCAGAAAGAGGCGGGAGAGAGGGAGCCACCAAGCUGAUGAUUGUGGUGACUGACGGGGAGUCCCACGAUGGUGAAGAACUCCAAGAUGCCCUGGAAGAGUGUGAGAAACGGAACGUGACACGCUACGCCAUUGCAGUGUUGGGGCACUACAUUCGGCGGCAGAAGGACCCGGACUCUUUCAUCAACGAGAUUAAAUACAUUGCCAGCGACCCCGAUGAGAAAUAUUUCUUCAACGUGACCGACGAGGCGGCCCUGAACGAUAUUGUGGAUGCCUUAGGGGACAGGAUAUUUAGCCUUGAAGGGACCCGUGAACACAGCUCAUUUGAGUUGGAAAUGUCUCAGAUUGGCUUCUCUAUGCACCUCCUUGAGGACGGGAUCCUCUUUGGCAUGGUCGGGGCAUAUGACUGGGAUGGCGCAGUCUUGAAGGAGAGGAAGAAUGGACGGCUCAUCCCGCCAAGGGAGGCCUUUGAGAGGGAGUUCCCCCUGAGGCUGAAAAACCAUGCAGCCUAUCUGGGAUACACAGUCUCCUCUAUCAAGCUCAGGAACGGGAAGGGGCUGUAUGUGGCUGGUGCCCCCCGCUUCAAGCACAAGGGGAAAGUGAUCCUGUUUGAGAUGAGUAGCGAUGGCAGCGUAACCAUCUCCCAGGCCCUCACUGGGGACCAAAUUGGCUCCUACUUUGGCAGUGAAAUGUGCCCAGUGGAUGUGAACGGAGAUGGAAUCACAGACGUACUGCUGGUGGCUGCCCCCAUGUACCUGGGCCCACAGAACAAAGAGACAGGCCGCGUUUACAUCUACAAAGUGGGGCAGUUGCUUGUGUCUUUCAACGGGACCCUGCAUGCCGACCCGAAACCUCAAGAUGCUCGUUUUGGCUACUCCCUCCUGGCUGUCCCUGACCUUAAUCACGACAGCUAUAAUGACGUUGUGGUGGGCGCACCGCUGGAGGACAACCACCAGGGGGCAGUCUACAUCUAUCAUGGCUACCGCACCUCGGUGCUGCCCCGCUUCAAACAGCGCAUUGAGUCGGCCGGCCUCCGCCGAGGCCUCCGCUACUUUGGCCGCAGCUUGGACGGGCAAAUCGAUUUGGAUGGAGAUGGCCUGGUGGACCUUGCCGUUGGAGCUCAGGGUGCUGCGGUAGUCUUGAGGUCAAGGAGGAUCGUGCAAGUCAACACUACGGUCACUGCCAAUCCUCCGUCCAUCAAUGUGAUUCAGAAGAACUGCCAGAGGAACAGAAAGGAGUCUCUUUGUGUGACGGCAAACAUCUGCUUCAGGGUGUCUUCCCGGUCUCUGGGCCCGAGGGACAGCCACUUCAGUAUAAAGUACAACGUCUCCCUGGAUGACAGGAAGUUUGGAGCAAGGGCAGUCUUUGAUGGCAACUCCCAAAAGCUGCUACAGAAGAGGACCCGGGCCACCGUGGGCAGGACAACCUGCUCAGCGGUCCGUUUCCAUGUGAUUGACACCUCCGAUUACCUGAGGCCGGUCGCAGUCCUGGUGAAGUUCGCACUGAAUGAUGCUGAGCCAGGCCCUGUGCUGGACGAUAAAUCACCCACCAGUGUUAAGAAAUUGAUCCCCUUCUUUAAGGAUUGUGGUGAAGACGACGAGUGUAUAACAGAUCUGGUGUUGCAAGCUCAGAUGGACAUCACAGGAUCCAGGCAGAAGCCGCACGUGAUCCGCAAAGGGAAGCGGAAAGUCUUGGUGGACGUCCUGCUGGAGAACAAGCAGGAGAACGCCUACAAUGCCAGCCUGUGGCUCUGGUUUUCCAGAAACCUCCACUUUUCCAGCCUCGUGCUCAAGGGGGAGAACUCUGUGAAGGUGGAAUGCACCUCCCCGUCUUCCCAAACCCGAGCUUGCAGUGUGGGCUACCCUGUCUUCAGGUCCUUAGCAAAGGUAGCCUUUGUCCUGGAGUUUGAAUUCAGCUGCUCCACCCUUCUGAACAAAGCACAGGUGAAGCUCACAGCCAGCAGCGACAGCCAUGAAUUGAAUGAGACGCUGACCGACAACAUGGCACAGCCCCUUGCCUAUAUCCGUUAUGAGCCCGACCUUUUCCUGACCAGCGAGUCUACCCUGAACCGCUACGAAGUGCAUCCUGUUGGGACAUUUCCAAGCGGUAUGAGCCCCGAGUUCAGGACUACCAUCAAGGUGCAAAACCUCGGCUGUUAUGCGGUGGAGAAUCUCUCCCUCGUCAUGGGCCUGCCUGCCACAGCCUAUCAGAACAGUGAAUUCCUCUCCGUCACCCGCAUCAUUGCAGAUAACGUAACCUGCACCAUGCAAAAUCUGACAGGGGCCUCUCAAAUUGCAGCUGGUGGUGUGAUGAUCCCUGUUCAUCCGGAAGAACUUGUGCACGUAGAGAAACUGAAUUGCACCAACGCCGGAUGCCAAGUGGUGAAGUGUGAGCUGCCCCACAUUGAGAGGAACGCGGAAGUCUCCAUCCACCUGCUGAGAGCGGUUCACAACGAGUUUUUCAGGAAGGCUAAAUUCAAGACUCUGAAGGUUGUGAGCAGGUUCACGCUGACCAGCCAAGAGGAGAGCCUUCUGCUGCUGUCGGAGGCUGCCCAUCAGCGGGAGACCAUCUUGGAGAUCAUACAGUCCAAUCUGGUCCCUCUUUCGCUCUGGAUCCUGAUUGGCAGCAUCAUUGGGGGGCUGCUGCUGCUUGCUCUAAUUAUCAUCUGUUUGUGGAGGCUUGGAUUUUUUGCACACAAAAAACCUGGAGAAGAAGAGAAAGAAGAGCAAUAAAACAUGGAAUUUGAGCAAGGACUCUUCACCCAGGAAAAAUGAGCAAGGGGAGGAAAUCCGGUGGGCACUGUUGCUGCCGCCCUCUUUUGACUCCCUGUAAAAAGUGACGGAAGAUCCAGCAGUUCUGAAGACAAUCUGCAAUCUUGCAGCAUCCUUUUGCUUUUGGGAAGCUAAGAAAAUGCAACAACCUCCCCCUCUGUUGGAGCCACAAUUAAACACACCAAUACACACACACUUUGGUCUUCAGACUGGGGCAGGUAAACAUCCAAUUUUGCCUCCCGUGUUCAAGGGGUGGAGAAAAAGUAGUGUGUGCAGGCCAGCUUAGGCCCAACCCUUCAAGAUGACAAGGCAACAGAGAUAAGGGUUUCAAAGAGGGCUCCUUCCCCUGUGAAAAGUGCUCAAAUCAUGUGGAGCAUCUCUAUUCCAGAUACUUUCUUCAUGCAUUCCAGGAGGUCUCCUUUCCAAUUCUACCGGUACAAUUCUAUGGUUUCCAUCAGUCCUUUGGGAUGCAGCAGCUUGUCUUGACAAGGUGGAGCCUCUCUCGUCUCCCUCGAACAGAACUUUGUUGCAUAGAAGCAAAACAAAUUUCGCAUAGUCCUGUAUUCCUGCUACCACACUGAAGUGAGUGCUACCUUUUGGGUGGGUUGGUGGCUGGUGCAGAGCAGCCUCAUUCACUUGGAAUCGCAAAAGGGUAGGGCCCUUUGGUUUGGCAGCUGUGAGCACCACCAGGAAACCAGGGGAAUGGUUUGUGCCCGCUGCUUGGCUUGUGCGGAUGGAGGAUAGAGAGGAGCAUGUGCCAGUGCAUGUGGAACCCAGCCCCUUGUAAAAAAGGUAAAAUUUGCAUACCUUGCUCCGCCCACUUUUGUGCCUGGCCCCACCCACCACUGGUUGGUAGCUUCCAGGAGGGGGUUUGGCCCUUGGCCUGAAAAAGGUCCCAGACGCCCUCCUUUCCUGUGUGCAACCAGAGGCUUACAAACUGUCUUUCUGUACCACCAAAUGCAUAGAGUUGCCUUCUGGCCACAAAUGGGAGAAUGAGAUAAGAACAUAAAAGCCCUGCUGGAUCAGGCCAAUAGCCUAUCUAACCCAGCCUCUUGGGGGUUAACCAGAUGCCCCAAAAGUUAACCCAUGAGCAGGAGGACCCAAGCACAAGAGCCCACCUCCCCCUCCUAUGGUUUCCAGCAACUGGUAUUCAGAAGCAUUGCUGCCUCCCAACUCUGGUGGCAGACCAGAGCCAUCAUGGCUAGCAGCCACUGAUAGCCUCCUCCUCCUCCAUGAGCUGAUCUAAUCCUCUUUUAAAGUCAUCCAAGUUGGUGGCCAUCGCUGCCUCCUGUAGGAGAGAGUUCCAUAGUUUUAACUAUGUGCUGCGUGAAGUUGUGGGCUUAUCCAAUGCCAAUGGAUGUGCCACCCUCCCAUUGUGAGCCAGGAUUGCAGUGAAAGGUGGUGGGCGAAGGAUGGGAUAAAGUCAAGUUGUGUGCUGUUCUCCCUACUGCUGUCUUUUUUUGGAACUUGUUUGUGCAACGGAAGUGUAAGGAUUUGCUUGUCCAGCCCCAGCAAAUGUCUCGCCAGAGAGACAGUUGCUGGGAGGCAACUGGUUGUCCUCUUAGGGCAAAUAAUUUUGCACCGCCAUUAAGCUGCAUGAAUUGAAUAAACAAGUUUCUCUCCCCCCACAGUAUUCAUUCUGCUUUCUCGGUCAUGGAGAUGGACACAGAGGCACUGUGCCUCUGUGCUGGUCCCAAGAGAAGUUCUUUGUUAAGGUACAAAUAUAGGAGGAAUCGCCAUGUAUGCCAAUGCCGCUGAAAUCUCAAGAGCCAGGAUCCAGGGCAGGGAAAGAGGCAUGCAGAACCCUGGUGUCCUGACUGUGGGGAAGCCUGUUGGGCCAACCCCCCUCCCUGCUGUCUGUAGGGUCUGGGAAUUUUACCAGGCAUUGCCCACACACUCUCAUGCCUUUCGUUUGCAACCUUAAUAAGGGCCAGAUGCUUGCUUUAAAAAUUUUUUAGAAGGCAGCUGUGAUUCUCAGGAAAAGUUCUCAAGUUGUUUUGGGGUGGGGUGAUCACAGAAUUCCCCAAACACUGUAAAAGGGGGAACAUUCCUGCAAAUGGUUGACCUGUCCUUGCUGUCGGCGGCAGGGGGACAGGAACGAAGGAGGAGAAAGGGCUGCUUUCUCCUCCUUCGCUCCUCUCCCCCAGCCGCCGACAGGAAGGAGACAUCCCGGGGUUCGGAGAAGCGCUUGCGCCGGGACCAAGAUGGCGGUAUCGGGCUCCGGGGCCGCGGCGGCUGCGGGAGCCGGACCGGGCUCCUCAAAGGCGCCCUUCCUCCCCCCAUUCACCUCUGCCGGCCUCCACCCUCGCUUCCCCGACGUGCCCUGCAGUGAGGCGGUGUCCGGCCGGGGGAGGCGGUUGGAGGAGGC